AUGAGGCCCGCUGGAAGCGCCAGCCUGGCUUGUGGAGGGAGCCGUGUGGGCGGUAGGCCCUGCCCAAGCCUGCCGUGCGCGCUGUCCGCGUUCAGCGCGGGUGGGUUGGCUGGGAUGUUAGUUGAACAUAUUAUCCAGCUGAUUGAAGGGAAAGCCUCUGCUUAUGUAUUUGCAAGUCCUGGAUGUAAGAAGUGGGAUACUUGUGCUCCAGAAGUUAUUUUACAUGCUGUGGGAGGCAAGCUGACUGAUAUCCAUGGAAAUGCUCUUCAGUAUAACAAGGAAGUGAAGCAUAUGAACUCUGCAGGAGUCCUGGCCACACUGAGGAAUUAUGACUACUAUGCAAGUCGAGUUCCAGAAUCUGUUAAAAGUGCACUUGUUCCUUAAAGGACAUCUCAUUGACUUAGCUAGGAUAAAACUUAGUUCUUGGAAAAAUACAUUUAAAAACUAACUGGAUGGAAUUAGAGCCUCACCUUUACUUUAUGCAUUGUUGCUCAGUGAUUUAUACUUAGUUACUUAGAAGGAGAAAAAUGAAAGGAUUUGCUUUGUUUCAUUA